GGGGGUGGGGGGAGCAUCUCAGACCCAACAGGUCGCUUGAAAGGUUUUUCAACGGGAGGAGCUGUCGGCUUCUUAGCCGCACGUUCUUGAGUCCUUCCACGAUCUUGCAAAUGGUUCUCGCCCUCUGGGGUUGGUCGUGGCUACGUGGGAAACACUUAACGCGUGUCUCAGGUGUUUCUCCAGGGUCGCGCUCGGCCCAUCCUAAUACUGUCUCUUCUAGGCCACGAUUUCACCAGCCUCGAUGUGUGGCAUGUUUUGUGGGUGGCCCUAUAUUGGUGCAUUGGGUUGGGUCUUUGAGCAUGAGAAAAGGGUCGUGUGUUCAAGUUCGACCUGGAAAUGUCUCUGUAGACCAGUUGGCCGGGAGUUCUUUUGUGACUUUUGUCACCUCCUUAAAGCUUCUUUUUAAUAGUCAGCUGACCUCUUAUUUAUGAAAAGCAGGAAAGUGUCUAUAAGAUGCCAGUCGUGAAGUGGGCAUUUUGUCUAAAUAUAAUAUUUUUAAACCUUUUGGACCAGUGGGGAAGAGUGUUGCUUGCGGGUUUUCCCAUCCAGCAGGUUAUUCUUCUGUUCUUAUAAUUCAUUGAGGAGAAGGCUAUCAAUGGCUACUAGCCAUGAUGGCUAUGCUAUGCUCUGCCUCCAGAGUUGGAGGCAGCAAUGCUACUGACGAGGGGAGAGGGCUCUUGUGUUUUGGUCCUGCUUGCAGGCUUCCCAUAGGAAUGUGGUUGGCCACUUUGAGAACAGGAUGGUUCCAGCACGCCCUGGUUAUAUUCUUAAAACAAGCCUUCCCUCUCCUCUUCUGGGAGACUAGAGCUGUAAUCCUACCUAAGCUUGCUUGGGAAAGCUAUCAUCAAUUACUUUGGUGUUGUUAUAAAUAAAUUUGCAUUGGAUCUGACUGUAUCUAGCAUAGACAUCAGCUCAGGGGUUAAGUUUCAUGUUCAUAAGCUAACUGAAGUACAUAAUUAAAAGACCAAAGGGGGACUCUGCAACAUAUCUAGUGUAGCAUAGACAUCAGUGGUUCCAUGGCCACCAUAUAUUUAAUGCUCAUGGCUUCCCCAAAGGAAUUCUGGGAACUAAAGUUUACUCCACACAGAGCAAAAUUCCCAGCACCCUUAACCAACUACAUUUCCCGGGGGAAUUUGUGUGCUUUAAGUGUGUGGUUGUGUACACAGCCAAUAUUGCAACAUAAGUUUUUGUGGACUACAGUCUGCUUCAUAGUGGAUAAUUGCCACCACAUACGUGUGUGUGUGUGUGUGUAUCAGAAUAUAUCUGAAAGUUAUGGUAACACUAAUGGAAGAGGCCUGUUAUCAUUAAAGAAUGUGGUCUUUGUUUUAGUUCCAUGCUACUACUGUAGCUCGUUUUUGAUAUUUCAGAACUAUUCUUUAUCCCAAUGAAGCAAUGCUGUAUUGAUUGUAACUGUUGUGCAAUGUUGAGGGCUAGAAACCUUUUUUAAAACAAAAAAAAAACACCUUAAAUGUCUUUUUCCAUUGUGCGAUGCUCUUUUCCUUUUUCUUGCUUAUGUUCUGCAAUUUGCUAAUGUUGAUUUCUCUGCUUUCUAGAUGGUGGGCGAGAAGAAAGCAAAGAGGGUUCGGAAGGUUCAUGCCAGCCGCAACCCAGUGCUGGCCCGGGGAAUCGGGAAGUAUUCCCGGUCUGCCAUGUAUGCUCGGAAGGCCAUGUACAAGCGCAAGUACAAAGCUCCAGAAACUAAGGUAGGGGGAACUAGCAGUCUUUCAGAGCUCAUAGUAGGUAGAGCUGCAUAACUUACAAGCUGCCAUUUAACAUACAGAACAUUUGCUGGCGUGCAGCUUAAUGAAGGCUUUUUAAAAGGGCUAGAUAGAUUUCAUUUUUACCCUGCUGUUCAGUGGAAAAGGAGAAGGAAUGAGGAAUAAACCCAGCUCGGACCCUGGUUCUUAUAAGUGAUCUUUCUGGCGUGGGGAGGGGAGCAAGACCUCUGCAGCGCUCUUUUUUUUUGACCAAUCGUUGGGGCCCUUACUGUGAUGUACUUCCUGGGAGGCAGGGUGCACAUCCUGCCAGUGGCUCUGGGUCUGAUGGCAGAUGCUUUCCUUUAAUUCUGCAAUUCCUGGCCAGCUGAUGAGGCUGAAUGUUCUUCCACCUGUGAAGGGAGGAAGAGAGCUUAUAGUUGCACCUCCUGUGGCUGUUGAAUGACGUCAGGUUAAUCUCCCUGUAAUAAUAAAUUCAUAUCUCAACAGCUGUUGGCCAUGUUGGUGACAUUGAACCUCCACAUUUAAAGUCAGUGUACCUCUGAAUAUCAGGUGCCUGGAACAAGCAAGAGGGGAGGGCUCUUGACUGGGCUCAGCUUUUGCAGACUUAUCAGAGCCAUCUGGCUGAAUCUCAGCCAGAUUCCAAGUAUGAGGCAGCAGAGCUUCUCUUCUGCACUGUAUUGAAAGCUAGUUUGCAAAUAUAUUUCUAAAGUAGUUUGUGUUUUGUUUUGUCUUCAGAUAGAAAAGAAGAAAAGAGAGAAAGAGCCAGCUACUAUCACGAAGCCUGUUGGAGGUGAUAAGAAUGGAGGCAACAGGGUGGUCAAACUUCGCAAAAUGGUAAGAACUUGUCUGCAAGCUGGUGCACUGUAGCAGUUAAGGCUUUCAAGGUUGAAUGUGCCACGUUUGGUCUCAAAUUACACCUUCGCUUAUACACUUGCUGGCUGACCACUUUCCCUCUUCCUGUUGCCACUCCCACGUAGUAAAUUGGGAAUAAAAAGUAGGUUGCAGCAGAAAUUUUUGCAGGGGGAGGUGUCAAGCUACAGGUGCUUGCAUGUCAUCUAUUAAAUGCUGCAAUUCCCUUAUGAAUAACUGAGCACAGUAAAAAUUCAUCAGGCUUGAAAACAGCCACUUGCUUUGGGGGAGUACAUUCUGCCUAGUGGGGGCUGUGCAGGUGAGCAGCCAGGGUACAGAUACAAAAGUUGGUUCUUUCGUUCUUUUUAGGCAUAACAGAUGACAUAAUCUGUGGGUAGGCUGACUAAUAAAAAAACCAAAAAAUUACUUUAGGGUGUUCUCAGUGCUAUAGUUCUCUUCAAAUAGCUUAAUGUCUUCCUCUCAAAGAAAUUUGGCUGCUUCAACAGUCUGUAUGGCAGUACUGGGCCACGGUUAGAUCAGGAUCUACUGGUAAAUCUCUGGAGAAUCUGCAGUAGGUUGGCAAGGGCUUUAGGUUCCCAAGUACCCUACUGGACAACAAAACCACUUUUGGGCUACUGAAGUGAAGUAAGUGAACCAGGAGUGGACUAUUGCAUGGAAUCAUUCUGAGCUCCAUUUCGCCCUGUUAAUGGUACUGAAAGCAAAUUCUUUGGCUCAGAAUGUGCUAAGAGGCACCCUGUUUUCAAAUGAUUAUUAAUACUAUUUUUAUAAAACCACAAAGGUGAAUCAAAGGGAGGAGGGAUGCAGCAAUGUCUAUCCACACAUAAACAAGCAUUUUCCAGCUCACAGUGCUGCUCCAGGCAGACAGAUUUAGAUACACAGCAAUAUACUUCUGAUUACAAAGAAAGUCAGCUUAGGCAUAUUCAAUAGAUGCUCACUAUCCAGAAUUUGCUCUCUUGUGACAGGCUGCACAUACAGAUACAAGUGUUUCAGCAAGGUUCUACUCUAUUACUUGCUUAACAGUUGGCAAGAGUUUGUCCUUUGAUUCCUUUGUAUGUUGUCUGUUAGCUUCCACAACAACAGAAUGUAGUUCAGGAUUAUAUUGAGGCAACCAUGCUUUCUAUCCUGUGCUACUGAACGAUUAUAUUUAUAUUUUUUUAUUAAAUCUUUAUUAAUUUGAAUUAAAAAAAUCAAAACGCAAUGACAUUUAAUACAGACACAAAGCGAGAAAAUAAAGAAGAAAGAAAAUAAAAAGGAAAAAAGAGAAGAGAAAAAACCCCACAUAAUACUAUACAGUCAUACCUCGGGUUACAGUCACUUCAGGUUGCGUUUUUUCGGGUUAUGGACUUCCCUUCCGAAACCCAGAAGUACCGGAACGGGCUACUUCUGGGUUUCAGCGGUCGCGCAUGUGCAGAAGCGCUAAAUCGCGCUUUGCACAUGCGCAGAAGCACCAAAUUACAACCCACGUGUGCGCAGACGUGCAUCCCGCACGGAUCAUGUUCGCAAUCCGAGCAUCCACUGUACUUUUCAUAUAUGUAAAUGCCAUAUAUUUACAAACUCACAAAAAAGAACCAAAACAUUACUAUAAAUCAGCUAAAAAAGACUUCCAAAUGUUUUCAUUUACUAUAUCUAUACUUUCCUUUAUAAUGUACAGUCUCAAAUUAACUUAAUUAUUUUCGUACGUCCAAACAUGAUAUCAUUUCCACCUUUUAUUUACAAGAAUCACUCUAGUUCUGCCAGGAGAUUCUUAUUCUUACAAUAAUUUUUUAGAUAUUCUUUAAAUAUUCUCCAUUCUUUAUAUACAUUCUGUUUCGAUUGAUCUCUUACUAUCCCUGUCAUCUUUGCUAGCUGUAGAUAUUCUAUCAUUAGGGUUUGCCAUUCUGCUAUUGUAGGUAUUGAAUUUCUUGCCACUAAUAUUCUGGCUGCCGUUGUUGCAUACAUGAACAAUGUUUUUAUAUUUUUUCCUAUUUCUAUUGGCAAUGUACCUAGGAGGAGGGUUUCUGGUCUUUUUUUAAAAUGAAGUUUAAAUAUCUUUUUAAGUUCAUCAUAAAUAUUGUUCCAGAAGUCUCGGAUAACUGCAGUUCCACCACAUAUGAAAAUAAGACCCCAUCUUUUACAUUUAUAUCAGGCAGGCAUCUUCAGUGGUAUUCUUCAGCACCUGCUAAAGAGAAAUGUUUUCUUAUAAAGUUGAUAUAGAUUUUAAUCUGUUUUUAGUCUGUUUCACUUUUUGAAGGUCUUAAAUUAUUAAUUUUUCUUAUAAUUUUAUUUGCAAACUGCUUUGAAGUAUUUUUUAAACAAGCGGUGUGUAAAGUAAAUACCAUACAUGCCUAAGAUACUUUGGUUCUUCAUCCCUUCUGUUUCCUGUUUUCGAUUUUGUUGCUCACUUCAUUUUGUAUCUGUUGAAAAACAGAAUAAAAUAGUUAAUAAAAAAUGAAUUAAAGCAGUAUUUAGUGCUGUAUUAUUGAAACCUAUAGCCUCUUCUCAAAAGAACGCAAUUACAGGAUAUGACAAAAUUGUAUGUGCGAAAUUUGCCUGAUUUGUGCAGAAUCGCCAGCUGAUAGCCAACUUAGUAAUACUGGAUCAAGUGUAAUUUUAAGUCAGACUGAAACCUUCAUCUGAACCAUUGAGCACAGUGCUUGUGAAAACUUAAGUAGAAUAGUAUCAUAGCCUCUGUUCUUUAAUUCUACUUAUGUGUCUUUUGCACCUGGCGCUAGUGGUUAUAUCUUGGGGUUCUGCUGAAAGGAAAAUAAGAUUCCAUGAGCCUGAAAUCUGCCCCCUUCCCCCGCUGUGUGCAGGAAGGAGAAUAGCAUGAUAAUAGGAACACAUCUGGACUUCACUAAUUAGGAAUGAUACAGUGGCCUGCUGCUGUUGCAGCAUGAUUGUGCAAAGUGUGUACGGAUGAUCACAGGUGGUCUGCAUAAAUGUUUCUACCUGUAGCAGGUGACACUUGAAUCAAAACAACCACCUGCUUAUUCUCUUGUUUAAGCCACGGGGGGUGGGGGGGCAGGAAGAUUUGUCCCUCUGGGUAUUGUCAGACUCUAUCUGCCAUUAACCCCAAACUGCAUGAUCAAUGAGUGUUUGCAGUCCAACAGACAAGUGGCAGGCCACACCUGCUGUAAAGUAUAAGUGACAGCUGAAUGUUUUAAAUCCUUGUGUGGUGAAUGCUCACCUAAUGUUCUUUCUUUGUGAUAAGAUACAUUCCCACCAUGCAAAUAAGCUCAAAAACAAAUUGAGAUUUAAAAACAAAUUGAGAUUUGUGCAGAGAAUUAUCAUUAAACUUUGCAUUAUCAAUUUUCACCAUUUCUGUGCAAAGUAGAAAAAGGCCCUUAUCCAUGCAGGUGUCCACCUGUCUGAUUUUGUGUUCUGUAGGGGUGAUGCCUGUCUUUGCUUUGAUAUGUUUAAAGACAGAUGAAUGGAAAACUUCAUAGGCCGCUUUCUUUAAUUGCAUCGGUGCUCUGGUGCUUUCCUACACAAGAACACAUUCAGAUCUAUAGAUUUCAGAAUUGGUUGCAUAUGUACCAGCACUGUAUGCUGCUAGACCUUUGGGCUGUUGGGCAAACACAUGGCUGGGGUUUUCCCACGUCAAGCAAGAAUGAGUGCUUGGAAGAAAGGGGGUGCUGAAGUCAAAACUAAACUGCGAAAGCUGAUAAUUCUUCUCCUUUCAGCCAAGGUACUACCCAACAGAAGAUGUUCCCCGCAAACUCCUGAGUCAUGGCAAAAAGAAUUUUGCCCUACACAAGAGGAAGCUGCGGGCUUCAAUAACCCCAGGAACUGUUGUGAUCCUGCUAACUGGUCGCCACCGAGGCAAGGUAAGGGGAACUCUGUGAAUGACCCACAAAGCUGAGCCAUUAUCUGCUUAUCUAAAACAACCUGCAGUUCAUAAACCAUGGCUUCAGAUUGUGGUUGUUAGCAGUAAGCGAGCCAAAGUUCAGCUAUGGGCAGUUUUCAGACAUAAGGUUAAACAAGAAAGGUAAAGAGGCCCCUGACCAUUAGGUCCAGUCGUGGCCGACUCCAGGGUUGUGGCGCUCAUCUCGCUUUAUUGGCCAAGGGAGCCGGCUCAGCUUCCGGGUCAUGUGGCCAGCACGACUAAGCCGCUUCUGGCGAACCAGAGCAGUGCACGGAAACGCCGUUUACUUUCCCGCCUAUUUAUCUACUUGCACUUUGACGUGCUUUCGAACUGCUAGGUGGGCAGGAGCAGGGACCGAGCAACGGGAGCUCACCCAGUCGCGGGGAUUCUAAGGUUAAACCAUAGUUUAGUGUUAUUUGCAGGUGAUUGGUGUUCCUUCACCCUAUUUACAAACCUCGUCUGUCUUGUUUCUAGCGUGUGGUCUUUCUGAAGCAGCUCGGAAGUGGUCUGUUGCUUGUAACAGGUAAGCUAAUCUUACAUCGACAGCUUGGUCCUAUAACAUUUGCUUUCCUGUAAUCUCUGCUCACCUGGAUUAACUAUUUGAUGCAUUUUGUAUCUUGGGACUCUUAAAUAAAUUUCAUUUCCUUCAUUAAAACAAAUACAGGGGUGAAAGUAGCGGAUAUAGUAAAUACACCUCAAAUAUUACCACAAUAGUAAACACAUAGAGCUCUCUGACCUAUUCAAAGAACUUUGCUAACUAGUUGUAAACCUUACACCAGGCAUGGGGGACCUGUCACCCUGCAGAUGUUGAUGAACUGGCCAUGGACCAAGCUGGCUGUGGCUGGUGGCAGUUCAGAGUCCAGCAAUAUCUGGAGUACCAUGUCAUGCAACAGCCCCUAAAGGUGAAUCACUAUUAUCCCACAUGAUGUGAGAGCAGGGGCUGAGUUUGAGAAAGAGUUCCAUUUGGUGACUUCGUGCCAAGGGCAAGGUUCAAACUGGGGACUUCCCAUAGCUGUCAACGUUUCCCUUUUUUAAAGGGAAUUUCCCUUAUUCCGAAUAAGAUUCCUCGCAAGAAAAGGGAAAAGUUGACAGCUAUGACUUCCUGAUUCAUAGCUAUACACACUUGGGAACAAAUUCUGUUGAACUCAGUGGAAUGGUUAACCGAAUAGACUUGUAGCAUACUAUUUAUCCCUCAAAUACAUUUCUUACAGUAAACAAAUCAUGGAAUCCCACUAUUGUGUGGUGAAUCUUAAUGGAUUUUACCCCUCAUAUCCCCUCAUAUAAAGCCCUCAUAUAAAGCAGUGUGCACUGCUUUAGAAAGUACUGCACAAAAAACAGUAAAUGUCACACCCAAACUUGACAAAUGGCACUUCCAGAAUUACUUUCAAGACCCAAAGAAACCACACCCCAACAAUAUCUUGUGCCUCUUCUGAGUUCUAUUUCCGUUUCCUUUUUUACCCUGAAAGCCACUCUGGAAGUUCUUGAACUAAGGUGGAGUAGCAGGUACUUAGCAAUAAAUGUGUAUUAUUAUUUUUUAAAAAGUGUGUUUUCCUGUCAUUCCCAGGCUGUUCUGCCAGUUUCCUUUGCUGGCUGCAUUUUUCUUGAGAGUAUAGAAUAGCUGGAUUCGCUUGUUUUGUUUUUAUUGGGGGUUUUCAGUUGAUUCCUUUGAGCAGAGCAGCAACGUUGUGUCCCGCUUGAAUGGCAGGAAAACACAUACCAGCCGGGCCUUUUCCUGGUGCCUCAAGGCCACCGUAUGUCAUUCACUUGUCCUGUGUCUUGCCUGCAGGUCCCCUGACCAUCAACCGGGUCCCCCUGCGCAGGGCUCACCAGAAGUUCGUCAUUGCCACUUCAACCAAGGUUGACAUCUCCAGUGUGAAACUUCCAAAGCACCUCAGCGAUCUUUACUUCAAGAAGAAGAGGCUGCGUAAACCCAAACACCAGGAGGGGGAAAUUUUUGACACUGAGAAAGAGGUGGGUGUGUUUUCUGGGUGAAUGAGAUGGGCCAAAGCGUGUGUGUGUGUGUGUGUGUGUGUCUGUUUGUCUUGAGCACCUAUGAGUUAGCAAAUCUUGGAGAAAAAACACAUGUAGAUUUGCAGGCCACCAAAUCUUUGUACAGUGGUACCUCGGAUUACAUACGCUUCAGGUUACAGACUCCGCUAACCCAGAAAUAGUACCUCGGGUUAAGAACUUUGCUUCAGGAUGAGAACAGAAAUCGUGCUCUGGCGGCACGGCAGCAGCAGGAGACCCCAUUAGCUAAAGUGGUGCUUCAGGAUAAAUACAGUUCAGGUUAAGAACAGACCUCCGGAACGAAUUAAGUAGUUAACCCGAGGUACCACUGUAUUAACAAGUCCCCAGCAGGACAAACAAUAUCCCCCAGAUAGCAUGUCAGAGAGGGGUUUGGCCCACCUGACAACUCAAGUAACACCUUGAUUAGAACAAACUGCCAAGCUCUGCUGUUGUUCAACUUAUUUGCUCUAACCACAGAAUGUAAAAUAUCAGAAGGGGACCUGAGAGUACUUUGUAUGUAUCUUUGAUAUACCUAAGUUCAUAAUAUUUAUUGAAUGAAGAGUGUACCAGGCUAAAGUGGUGCUUCAAGUUAAGAACAGUUUCAGGUUCAGAACGGACCUCCGGAACGAAUUAAGUACUUAACCCGAGGUACCACUGUAGUGACUCUUGGGGGACUGCUGAACAGAAGUGAGUCCAGCAUUGUGCAUUUGACUGUUGUGAUGGUGUUAGUGUGAUAUAUACAGUUUUCUCCAACUUUGGGCCCUUUGCAUGUUUUGGAUUCCAGCUCCCAAUGCCCUGGCUAGCAAAGAUGGGAGAUGUAGUCCAGCAAAAUAUGGGGACCUGGCAUUAGCACAGUUGGGCUGCCUACCUCCUUCAGAAAAAGACUUGCCUUCCACAAAAUAAAUAGGACCGGAUUUUAGGUGCAGAUUUUAUCCUAAGCUUGCAGUAAACAAAUUACCUUCUUAUGGCAGGGAUCAGAAAACUUUUUCAGCAGGGGGCCGGUCCACUGUCCCUCAGACCUUGUAGGGGGCUGGACUAUAUUUAUUAUUAUUAUUAUUAUUAUUUUUUGAGGGGUGAACGAAUUCCUAAGCCCCACAAAUAACCCAGAGAUGCGUUUUAAAUAAAAGCACACAUUCUACUCAUGUAAAAACACCAGGCAGGCCCCACAAAUAACCUAGAGAUGCGUUUUAAAUAAAAGGACACAUUCUACUCAUGUAAAAACACGCUGAUUCCUGGACCAUCCGCAGGCUGCAUUUAGAAGGCGAUUGGGCCGGAUCCGUCCCCCGGGCCUUAGUUUGCCUACCCAUGUUCUAUGGGGAUUCAUUGGCUUGCAGAGCUCAUGCUCGUCUUACUUAUUUUUUUACAGAAAAAUUAGCCUUUAAUCACAUAGCUUGGUUGGGAGGGAGGGCGUGCAGCCCAGCACACAAACACCGCUGCUUCCUGUUGUCCUGUGCCCAAUUCUUUUUCCUAGACCACGACAUACACACAGGUGUGCCGGUACAGAAAGUGAGUUUUCCACCAUAGAUGGGGAAAUAGCAGCCUCUGCUGCUGCUUCCCACCCCCAAGGGAGCUUUUGACAAACAGAGGGGUUUCAGAAACAUUUUGUGAAAUGGCAUUGGCAAGCGUGUGGAUAGGAGGUUUUCUAUUUAAAAAGAAUUAAAUGUCACCGGGUGUAUUGAAGUAGUUCUUUGCAUCCUGGUCCACAGCAGCAGCCUAGAGGAAGCGGGAGGUGUUGUAAGCCCUGGGGAGGCUCCCUGUUAAAGCAAAGGGCGCUAAAGGGUGAACAAAUGAUUGACGCGCUUUCCUGCUUUUUCAGAAAUACGAGAUAACGGAGCGACGCAAGGCGGACCAGAAGCACGUGGACUCCCAGCUCUUGCCCAUCAUCAAGAAGGUGCCUCAGCUGCGAGGCUAUUUGCGUUCGACAUUUUCGCUUUCCAAUGGCGUUUAUCCUCACAAAUUGGUUUUCUAAAUUGUCUGGAGACACCACAGUAAAGUUUGGAGAAAAAAGAACCCUACAAAAUA